CUCCUCGGGCAGCGAAGGCGGACGAGCAGUGAAGAAGAAGAAUGGAGAGAACAGCUAGCGACGCUCCGGCACUACCGUGAAACUACGACUCGCACCACAAGUCAACGCCGGGAACAACCACCUGCAUCUCGGCUCCCGGGGGCCACCAACCUCCGCUCGGCGGGACCAGACACCCGGGUGGCGAGGAGACAUCGCAGCCGAGAUCCUCCACAUUCUCCUUCCUGUCUCCAAUGUCCAGGCCAGAGAUCCGGCCGCACAGCGACUGUUAGGGGCGACAGGGCGAGGACGGGGACGAGUGUUGGUUCACGGUACCAGGUUUUGUCCCAUGAGCCUGACUGUGCCGUCCAGGCGCUGCCAGUGACCGGGGCUGUGGCUGUGGCGGGCCCGGCCCAGGAGGCCAUUCUGUGCAUUCACUGACCUGCUCUCACCAUGGAUCAACAAAGAGAUAAAUAUGGGGAGCGGCCCGCCAGGAGCACGAAGGUUUCCCAGGGCAGCCGUAGCGGACACUCGUCCCGGCCGUCUGGAUCCUCGAGCUCCUCUGGGGUCCUCAUGGUGGGGCCAAACUUCCGCGUGGGAAAGAAGAUCGGCUGUGGAAACUUUGGUGAAUUGAAGCUCGGUAAAAAUCUCUACACUAACGAGUAUGUAGCCAUUAAACUGGAACCAGUGAAGUCGAGGGCACCACAGUUGCAUUUAGAGUACAGGUUCUACAAAACACUGGGAACUACAGCGGAGGGAGUCCCCCAGGUGUUUUACUUCGGGCCUUGUGGGAAAUACAACGCCAUGGUUCUGGAGCUGCUGGGCCCGAGUCUAGAGGACCUCUUUGACCUCUGCGACAGGACCUUCUCCCUGAAGACCGUCUUAAUGAUCGCAAUUCAGUUGAUUUCCCGAAUGGAGUACGUGCACUCUAAAAACCUAAUCUAUAGGGAUGUAAAGCCUGAAAACUUCCUCAUCGGACGGGCUGGGAAUAAAAAGGAAAGCAUUAUCCACAUCAUCGACUUUGGCCUGGCCAAAGAGUACAUCGACCCCGAGACCAAAAAACACAUUCCAUACCGGGAGCAUAAGAGUUUGACCGGCACCGCCCGAUACAUGUCCAUCAACACACAUUUAGGCAAAGAGCAAAGCCGGCGAGAUGACCUGGAGGCUUUAGGCCACAUGUUCAUGUAUUUCCUUCGUGGGAGUCUACCCUGGCAAGGGCUAAAGGCCGACACCUUGAAAGAACGAUACCAGAAGAUCGGAGACACAAAGCGUAACACUCCCGUAGAAGUCCUCUGUGAGAACUUCCCAGAGGAGAUGGCCACCUACCUGCGAUAUGUGAGACGAUUGGACUUCUUUGAAAAGCCCGACUAUGAAUAUCUGAGGACUCUGUUCAGUGAGCUGUUUGAGCGAAAGGGUUACACCUUCGACUACACCUACGACUGGGUUGGCCGACAGAUACCCACGCCGGUGGGGUCUGUCCACAUCGACUCUACAGCGCCCGCGGUCACGAGAGAGACCAACCCUCACAGGGACCGGCCCGCGCAGCAUCAACCAAUUAGAAAUCAGACAGCGGUCUCAGAUCGACGAGGAGCAUGGGAGGCGCAGCCCACACGCCAAGCAAACUCCUCCUACCUGACCUCCCACCUGGCAGCGGACAGGCACGGGGGCUCAGUGCAGGUGGUGAGUUCCACCAACGGGGAGCUGAACGCUGACGAUCCGGCUCAUUCCAACGCUCCGAUUACAGCUCAGGCCGAGGGGGAAGUGGUCGAUGAGGCCAAGUGCUGCUGCUUCUUCAAGAGAAAACGGAAGAAGAACACGCAGAGGCACAAAUGAUCGUCCGCCACCGGCCUGAAACAUUCCAAGUGUCCGGCUCAGUUGAUUGUGAUUUCAGAAAUCAAUACCGGCCCCAUUCUGAAUGAAAGAGGGAGACGACGGGAAGACCUUGAUUGAGUUGUUCUCCGGAGGGACCAGUUCCAUAUGGUUUGCAAUGUGCAAGACGCUUGUGUCUUUUGAUGGGAGUCCUGUUUUAAAUUUUUUCUUGUUUUUACAUUUUUUCCCCCUCCUCCAAGAUGUGUGGGAAUGUUCUGCAGGCCAGUCGGCCGGACAGGGGAACUGUUCAGUGGAUAAUCUUCAGUUCUUUUUCCUCCUCAAGACGCAGCAUCUGUAUUUUUCUCCUCAUUUUUUUCCUUGUUUAUAUCCUGUGGUUCUGCAGAGGAACAGACGGGUCUUCCUGUUCUAAUCUUACCACCUUCCACCUGUGGCGUGCUCUGAUUUUUUUUAUUUCUUUAAAUCACAAAAAACAUAUUUUCAUUUCUCCUCUGUCCCAGUUCGAGGUGUUUUUGCCUGUGAUUAGUUUUAAGCGAACUCGUUUUGACACAAAGCCCCUCCAGCUCCUCCCUGACGUGAGGCUGAAUGUAACCCUGAACACACACCAGGAGCCGGGGGAGUCACCACAGAGCGCCAGCCGGCCGGCCCCUGCACUUUGAGCCCUCCAAAGAGGUCGACCCUGGAACUGGGACCCGGGCCCGAGAGGACAGACGACCACAGGCGUCUCCUGCACUGCGUUCUCUUGGGGGGGGGGGGGAUUCCUGCUCCUCUUUCACCACGCCGCUCUCCAAACACACUACAGUCUCCUCUGACUCUGCAGGUCUGCUCCUGUCGGCUCUUGUGAUGAUGAGCGGCAGCCUGACACUUGUAGAUGUGGCUGAGACGAAACAAAACAAAAAAAAAAUGCUAUUUAUGCUAUUUAUCUCUUGGUUGACACCAGUUUUCUUACUAAUUCUAACACAUACACACUGAAUGUAUGGACAGUAAGGUAAAAAGACUUUGGAGCAAUCUUAUAAUCUGUUAUGCGCAUGGAAACGAAAUUGCAGUAACGGCGUCGAGACCAAUGUUUAAAACAAAAAAAAGGAAGAAAAAAAAAAGUGAGACCAAAAUCAAGUGGAUUUGCGGGAGAGUCUUAAUGGUUCUGGAUCUUAAUAAUGUGAUGGUUAGUGAUGGACUCUGCAGACACUGGGGGGCGUGAUGUGCUUUGGAGGUUAGAUCACAGCCUCUCGACGCUGCUGUCCAAUGCCUUAACCCCCGACCCGCCCACCUGCCCACCGCCACGCCACCCGCGGUCACCUGCAUCUCAACCGUUGCCGACUUGUUCCCAGAUAGUAUCAAGAGUAGUGAAUGACUUCCUGUGUAACACUGAAGAUGUAUUAUCGAGAGAAAGGGAGAGAGAGAGCGAUGCCAAAUGUGAGGUUUGGU